AUUCGACUCUCCAGGUGAGAUAAAGCGUUUCAAGAUGGCGUCGUGUGUUCAAACAAAAUCGUUUGUUUUCAGAGAUUGAAAGACGACUUAGAUACAAUGCCGUAAUUGAAGAGCAACAUGACGACCUUUCUGCUGUUGACCUGUCUUCUGUUGCUAUGGCAACCACAGUUUUCUUUACAACAGCGAACACGGAAUUACCAGCUGGAAGACAAUUGUUCCCUUAACCCAGUGUCCAUCAGUCUGGAUGAGACGGUCAUCAUUAAGGCCGGAGGAAUGGUCAGUCCAAAGCCAAUUGGUGUUCAGUGCAAGAUAACCGUGAUGACCGAGGGCAACGACCUCCAGGUUAAUGUCCGAUUCAUCAAUUUCCGGGACUGUUCUGUCACACUGUCUCUCUACGCUUUAUCUAAUCAUAUUUACACAUGUGACAACUAUCCAUCAUCGUCAGUAACACUACCGAUUUACGGGACCCAGGUGAUCGUUGAUCUGAAGAAAACUAAUCCCACAGCCUUACAGUACUCCUUUGAGAUCUCCAUCACCCCGAAACAAAAGCCUAUUUCACCAGAUUCCACUGAGUCUCAGCCGGUAGCAGCCGGACUUGUGGCGGGCGUUGUAGGCGGUAUUUUUUUCUUUCUGGUUGUCGGGGCAAUCGUCAUUGCCUGCUGUUACAGACGUGCACAGAAACUCCAACGUUUGGCCAUGUACAGCAGCUCCAACAACAAGGUACCGUUAGAAACCUUGGAAGGUCAGAUUGGGAUUUCAAAUAAUUAUGAGUCGUCACCCAGAGCGAAGACGAAGCUUCUGUCCCCGGAAAGGGAGAUGUCGGUGGACGGGAGCGUUGAGAGUGGAGGUGGGAGGCGGCCGCAGACGCUCGACGUUAGAUCCCGGGGACAGGUGGCCAGAAGUGACCACACCGAGUCGAGUAACUCCAGCCGGUCACAAAAGAAUGUCGCGUACGAACACGAGGAGGAAGAUCCCUACGAUGUGAUGGAUGGAGACCCCAAGCCACCGAAAUCUCCGUUCCUUAGUGCACUACAGGGGAAUGUGAAAUUUCAGAAGUCGAGACAAGAGAACGAGAGAGAUGCCGAAGACCGGAGAAAUCGUUUAUCCGGUUCUUCAUUUGGAAACCAGACACCAGGAGAAUCAAAUUCUUCCUUAGACAGUCGGGGAAAAGCGCCAUCUGCUGACAAUCGGGGGAAACCACUUCCAAUGGUGCCCAGUAAUAAAGAGUUGACUCUUGCUGAAAAACGCAAGAAAAUGGAGAGUUUCCGGAGAGCAACCAGGCCCGAGUCUUUCACGUCGGAUGAGUUGGAUCGAAGUGGGGACGACACAGAUAAUUUGAACCAAAGUCGUGGGGCCAGCGGAAGCGACAGUCAGUCAUCAAAGGAGGGAGCACCAGCCAAAGGCAGAGAAGCACCAGUUAACAGUAAACCAAACACGCAGCACACACUGUGUCCGAACAGAGGGCAGGAGAAAAUGAAAAAUAAAAACAACAAGGGCAAGGCUGUGCGGGAGUUACAGAAGGCCCCAGACAGCCCUCGGUCAAUACGCAGUGAAGGUCGGUUCCAAAAGACGGAAGACGGUCUGAGAGGAAGUAAGCGGUCAAAUAGAUCACCGAAACCGACAACAAAAGGAUUCGGACAUCGCAGAAACAGGAGCACGGAUUCUCGACCAACCACUCCAACCAGCAUGAUGAGAGAUGACGAUGAGGAGUCUAUCAGGCCCCUCCAGAGGACCACCUCCCGUCAGUCAUUAUAUGCCUCCCGCUCAUCUCUGUACAGUCGACGACGGAGAAGGGGAUCGUUUACCGAGUCCGUAGUCUCGGGGUCCACCUUUGCUCAUGACGACAUUGACUAUUACCGAAGAUCGAGAGGACAUUCCCAAGUAGAUUACGACGACGAUUACGACGACGGUUACGUGGAGCCGAUAUCGCGUCGUGAUAACAGUAGGAUGUUUAAAUCGCUGGGAGACUUAAAUUCUAGUGGUAGGCGGGGCGAAAAAGCAACUCGAGCAACACAGACAUUAAGAGAGACAGCAACACAGACCGGAGAGGACCAGUCCGUGGUGGUGCACUCCAAGAGGGUGGUGCAGAGAAAGCGCCGCUCAAAAAGCCUGUCUGCAACAGGAACACAAACGACCAACAGAAAACAUAGAAGUCGCAGUAAAUCUCGUGCCGAUGACUCGGACACUGGUGAUGAACUGAAAAAUAACAAGCGUGAAAAGUCAAAGAGUCGGGAAUCACUUAAGGAGACCUCGGACAAACCAAAGCCCAAACCCAAACCAAAGCCGCGGAAAUCCCAUUCCACAGCCCAGUCUGAAACGGAGGCACCUGUCAAAUCUCAGAGGAAAAAAUCAAAAUCACAGGGGAAAUCUGAAAAAGAGGAGGAGGCAGCGCAAGAAAUGCCUGCCCCACCCCCAGGGAUGGUGAUGUAUCCCAUGGGACCACAGGGACAGCCUUAUGUGGUUCCGUACGGUCUUCCACCAGGGUACACAACCUUGCCCCACCAACCUCCACCUCCUGGUGUGGUGUCUGCCCAGGGUCCCUAUGUUGUGAAUGGUCAGAGUGCUUACACCGUGGCACCACCUCAGCAUGGAAUGCCAUCUGUAGGUCAACUACCACCACAGACGGCGCCUCAGGCUGGUCCUAGAAAAUCAAACUGGGACAUGUUAUGUGAGUUGACAGACAAACAGAAUAGUGGGGAGGCCCUGGAGACUGGGUCUGUAGCGAGCUCUGUGUUUACAAACAAUGUCCCCACACAUCAGGUGGUGUACCCGGGGGGCACGGUAACCCAGAAUGGGCACCACCUGGGAGCUCACAUAGUCAUGUUACCACCUCAGCAGGGUCAUCCUGUGCAUCCGUUUGUGUCACCCCCUGGGCCACAGACUGCCUCGGGGGUACCCCUUGUUGUCAACCCUCCUUCCUCAGGCCCAAUCGCUCAGCCUAGUCCGUCGGUUGGCAGUGAGCUAUCCCAUAAUUCCUCCUGGGACGUACUGAUGCGGCUAUCGGAACAGCAAAACCAGCUUCAGCAGGCGCAGCACAACGCUGCAGGGAAUGAGAGUGUCGUAUAACUGUCAUAGCAACUGUAGUGGUAUCCAUAGCAACAGAGGUGUUCCCACAUCUAAUCAUUUGAUAUAAAAAUGGGUCAGAUAUUUGUGCUUUAGGCAGGUUCAUGUUGUAAACCUGAUCUUCGUUUGUGCUAACACAAAUUAAUUAAUGAACAAAUUGAAGAUUGACACAGUACACUGGCAAAUGUGACUCGCAUGAAUUUCAUGCGAAUCGCUGUCCAUGUGAAAUUCACGUGAGACACAUUUGCCUGUGCAUAUGUAUAUAUAUUUUGUGUGGGAAGAUGUUGUCCAUGUAGUAAAUGAUGUCGGAGAAGGCGUUGUAGGGUAGAUUGUAUAUAAUUCCUUUAGUUGUUACCUUACUUAUUAAUUUUGUGCAUUUUAUUUCUUAUGCUUCAUUUUACAUUCACGACUUAUCUAGAGCAGCACAUUUACAUCCUACUUCUGAAAUAACCGCUUUCCUACACAUUUUUUAUGGACAUCAGUCUGCUAUCAUUGUACAUAUAUCAUUCUACGUCCAUGCAUCAUGUAGCAGUAAUUCGUACCUGCAUCGUGUAGCGGUAAUUCGUACCUAUAUCAUAUAUAUAUAUAAACUUUGACUUGGAAAUUGUGAAUUUCAUUUUCUGAAGACACAGAAACCGGACAGGGAUUUCUUGUACAGUUUCAAAAUUUUAUAAUGUAACUGAGCAAUUAUAAUGUAUCAUUAUAAUCUAUCAUAUUUAAUUUAUCACUUUUUAUAUACAUAUAUUGUUUAUCAUAUGCAAAAUGACAUGCAUACAGUGUUGAAAUUUGAUUUCUGAAUGGGCAAUGAAAGAUACGUCAUCAUUCACAUGUAAAGAAAUUCUGUUUACUCUCUGCUGCUCGGAUUCAGAGGAAUGGUAUUUUUUCUUGCACUAUGUAAAAUUACAUUAUAUGAAUCCCUAGUACACGUGUAAAGAAGUGUGGCUGUUACUAUAUACCGUAAAUCUGGUUAAUUUUGCGAGCCGAUCAAAUUUGCAAUUUUAAAAAUAGUGUUCGUAAAAAUGAGAUCUUCUGUAUGUUGUCCUUUUAAUUAGUGACAAAUAUAAAUUGCCGUUAAAAGCUUAAUUAUUGAUAUAUUUAAGAAUUAGACCCAAUUCUGAAAAAGAAAUCUAUCGAAAAAAAAUUCCCGAGUUUUGGGUAUGGCCAUCACUCUCUCACCAUGUGUUCAGCAAUCUGUUGAUCAGAUAUCGGGUGCAUCUAAAUAUUUUAAGAUUUUUAUAAAGUUUGAGGUGAGAUAUAGUACACAGUAUAGGGACAUUCUAAUUCCAAGUCUAGUGAAAUAUCCAUCAUUGACGUUCUAAUUCCGAGUCUAGUGAAAUAUCCAUCAUUGACGUUCUAAUUCCGAGUCGAGUGAAAUAUCCAUCAUUGACGUUCUAAUUCCGUCAGUCUAGUGAAAUAUCCAUCAUUGACGUUCUAAUUCCGUCAGUCUAGUGAAAUAUCCAUCAUUGACGUUCUAAUUCCGAGUCUAGUGAAAUAUCCAUCAUUGACGUUCUAAUUCCGAGUCUAGUGAAAUAUCCAUCAUUGACGUUCUAAUUCCGAGUCUAGUGAAAUAUCCAUCAUCGACAUCCUAAUUCCGAGUCUAGUGAAAUAUCCAUCAUCGACCUUCUAAUUCCGAGUCUAGUGAAAUGGAUAAUUUGCUCUAAGGACAAUUAAGUUAACAUCAAUUAAUUGUUUACUUCCAGUAUUUUUCUGUUUUAGGAGAUAAAAUAAGUGCCACUUUAAAUCUUGUGCUUCAUUAUUAAUGUGCUGUAGGUGAGUUUUUAGAGUAAAUUCGGCCACUUUCCCUGUGAAUUUUAACUUAUUGUGAAUUUCUCUAUAAACAUUAUUACAGAAUGAUUUAGAUUUACAUGAAAUAUACAUAGUUCACUAAAGUGCUACAAGAAUGCCAUACAUCUUAUUCACACUUUUUGGUGUGGUGUUUUGUUAGCUAUAAUCUAGAAACUUCCAAGCUUUAAUGCACAUGCAAUGUUGUACUUGAGAUAUUCUCGUUCAGAUGUGAUGUUCAAGUGUUUUAUAAAUUGAAUUCAUGGUGUAUCAAUUAUUUUCAAAUAAAUUAAUGGUUAGAUUUGUAAUAAGUAGAAUUAAUAGGAUUGUUAGAUCUGGUGCAUUUAAAGUAUGGGUUUUAGAAAACAAUAUGUACAUGUAUUACUUACAAGUAGCUGUAUUUUGAGAGGCAAAUUCUUAGGGGAGGCCAUUAAAAAAUAUGAGAUAUUGGUGGACUCUACAAGUGAACUCUAAUUAUAUAAUUACUUUUUGAAAUUAUUGUGAGUUUGAGGUUUGUUUGAUUGCCCUUAUUAGCUUACUUGAGUUCUAAGCUUGUAGCUCACUUGAACUGUAAGCCUAGCUUACCUGAGUUCUAAGCUUGUAGCUCACUUGAACUGUAAGUUUAGCUUACCUGAGUUCUAAGCUUUCUUAUAGCUAACUUGAACUGUAAGCUUAGCUUACCGGAGCUCUUAAGCUUAUAUCUCAUUUGAACUGUAGGUUUAGCUCACCUUAGCUGUAAGCUUUAGUAAGCUUUCAUGGUCACCCAUUGUGUUUUUCUGUUUCAUUCACUCACCAUUGUGUUGAAUGCUAAAAGGUGUGUUUGAAAGCAAAACAUCAAAUUUUUGUUUUAUGCUUAUUGGAUUUCCUGAUGGAAGUAUGAUUUUUGUUGCACAAAACCAUGGAUUCCAUUUUUUUUGUUUUUUUGUUGUUUUGUUUUUUGAUCACUACAAAACUUGCGUCUGUAAGGGAAGACAACUUUUCAAUAAAUACAAACUUCAUUAGGUCAUGUUGCAGUUGCAGUAUUCCAAUAUUCUAUUUAUAGUACAGAGCUACAUGUAUGUAUCAAGAUGCGGGAUCGUCUUGUAGAAUCUAUUUCAUAUAUUAUUUUUCUUUUUUAUUUAUGUUUAAGAUUUUUUAAAAUUACUUGCAUUCCAAUUUGUGUAAAAGAUAAACUCUCUCGGGGGACCCAUGCAUUCCUUGGAAGUGAAAAUAUUUUUGAACAAAGGUUGUUUAACAGAUAAAAUACAUGCCUCUUUACUUUAUUUUUUUAGAUCAUUAGUUAUUACAAGCUUUAUUAUAUCACUUUAUUUUAUGAUCGUAUAAUUCCCAGCUCUCUGAUUGGCUGAAGUCCAACAAACUAGAAACGUAUGACUUUACAUUCACCCUGGCGCCCUCGAGGUAAAUGUAAUUAAUAUUUGAUUUUUCCAACAUGAGGCCAGAAGUCAUUGGGAAUUUUAAAAUUUAUACAAAGGGUUAUUAUUUUAGUGGUUGUCCAAUGAAAACUUGUGUCUAUCUCUUUCGACUACAUGUAUGUCUUUGAUUGGCAACAUAGCUCAGUCUUUUCCAUCAAGUCGAGAUAAAACGGAAAAGGCCGAGUGACGUUCUGAUACUAGGUCUUGCAGACAAACCAGGUCAGGCAAAAUUUAAAGAGGAAAAUCAACACUGAUUGUGUUGUCUUUGUCACUUUCGUUGAAUGUUUUGAAUAAAAUGAAGAUGAGUUUUGAAUCAUUCGAUCAUAUUAUAAAA